GAUGUAUAUAUCCUCAAAAGUUGCCUGCAAACAUGAGUACCAUGAGGAACCUUAGGCACCUGGAUAUUCGUGAAUGUCACUCACUAAGUCAUAUUCCAAUAGGGAUAGGGCGGCUGAUUCACCUCCAGACAUUAAGCAUGUUCAUUAUGGGGAAGAAGGGUGGAUGUGGUAUCAGUGAGUUACAAGGACUGAACAACCUUAGAGGACCACUACACAUAAAAGGUCUUGAGAACAUGAAGAAUUCAAUGGAUGCUGAAGAAGCCAAUUUGAUAAGAAAGAGAAACCUUGACUCUUUAACCCUGUCUUGGUCUCGAUAUAUUGAUGACCAGACUCCCAUAAUCCAAGAAAAUGCAUCUUCUGAAGAGGUGCUAGAAGGCCUCCAGCCCCCAGCAACCAUAAAAAGAUUGGAAAUAGAAAACUACCAGGGCAUGAAGUUUCCUGGUUGGAUGGAGGAUUUGUCGCUCCAAAAUUUGGUUCGUGUCGUACUCAAAGACUGUCAGAGAUGUAAACAUCUCCCGCCUCUUGGGCAUCUGCCACUUCUUAAAUUCCUUGAAUUAAGUAGAAUAGAUUCUGUACGACACUUGGGUACUGUUGAGUUCUACAGUGGUGGUGUUGAUGACUUGGGUAAAGGAGGAUUCACAUUGCUGGAAGACAUAGUUUUAGAAGAAAUGCUAAAUCUGGAAGAAUUGUUGUUGAAUGUUGCAGAAGGAAGAGAAGUACUCCGUUGCCUUGUGUCAAUGAAGAUUAAGAAUUGUGACAAGUUGACAACUCUCCCAUUGCUCCCGUCUCUUCAGCGUUUAGAACUAAAAACGCAAAAUGAAAACAUUCCAGAUGGACUGCUACAAAUUCAGAACCUCUCCGCUCUUCAAGAUCAAUUGAAUUUUCUGUCUGCUACAACCUCAUCACAUUGCCAAGUUUGUCUAUUAGGCCUGGGGAAUUAGGCUUUAGCUCUCUUAAAGACUUUUGGGUUGAAAGGUGUUAUGCUAUGAAAUGUUUGUGGGAGGAUGAGACCCAAUUCCAGGUGUUGAGCUCUUUAAAGGCAUUGAGAAUUAACUCUUGUCAUGGACUAUCAUCUCUAUCAGGGAUGAGAUAUUUAACAGCUCUCGAGGAUUUGUGGAUUGAUGAUUGUCCAGAGUUAGAACUCUUCCAAUUGGAGGAUUUCUGGCACCUCACUUCCCUUCAAGAACUACAUAUUGGCCAUCUACCUCAGUUGAUGUCUUUGCCAGAGAGCUUAAAACACACUACAGCCUUGCAAACUCUUUCUAUAAAUGGUUGCCCUGUCUUAAAGAGACGAUGUAAAGAAGGAGGAGAAGACUGGCACAAGAUAUCCCACAUUCCAAAGGUCAUCUUCUGAUCAUAGAUAUCACCAAUACCUAUGAGACAAAACCGUGGAUGUUGGGGCCGUCUCUUGGAGUAGAAGAGGAGGUGAUGCAUUCAAUAGUAAACAAGCAUUUUCUAAGGUUGCAUCAAAUAUUGGCUAUGAAAAUUGGAUGGGUUUGAUGGGGGAGGGGUUGUCCUACCCUGCCC